AUGGCAGCGGCAAUGGCAGCGGCAGUGGCAGUGGCAAGGGCAGUGGCAGUGGCAGCGGCAGCGGCAGUGGCAGCGGCAGCGGCAGUGGCAGCGGCAGCGGCAGUGGCAGCGCGCCAAGAAUCGAGAUUUUUGGGAGAAAUCAGAAUCGAAUGUGAAUUAGUCAAAGUGGUCAGCGCACGAAUUCAGGAAAUUGAAAAGAAAAGGUUACCUUUUUCUUUUCUUUCAGAGCAAGUCACCCUGUUGUUCGUUGGUGACAUCUCCUUCUGUGGUCCGGUGAAAUAUUACGUGGAACAUAAUUACCAGUCAUAUAACGACUCGUUCAGAGAUGUGGCUCCUUUCAUCAGAGACGCGGACAUUUCAGUCGCAAAUCUGGAGUCUCCUUUUGUCAGCAAAGACGUGUAUCGCUACAAGUACAAAGGAAAAAAGGGUACUUACCUGUAUUCAAGUCCCGAAGCGGCCUCGGCGUUGAGCUGCAUCAUGCUGCAGGAAAAUGACCUGAAAGAAAACAAGACUGAAACGACUGGAAGUCCAUCGCAGGUUUUUUUCUCUCCAUCAGAAAAAUUUUGUCAGUUGUUCUUAGUAACAAGUGGCCAGCAGCAAAUUCUGCUUGUGUGGUUUGCUAGUUUUGCAGGAUUUGACGUGGUUACACUGGCUAACAAUCACCUAUAUGACUUUGCAUCUAAAGGAGCAAACUUUACUGUACAAGUUCUCAAGAGAGUAGGCAUAAAAUAUUUUGGUGUCAAUUAUGGGACAUUGAAUUCCUCUCAGGCGAGUACCGAACAUUAUAAUUCUGCUAAGAAUACAAUUGACACUGUAAUUCCAAUUAGGAUCAGGCUGUUCACGAGACCUACACGUGGUGGCCUAAUGGUUAGGGCAGUGAACCUUGAACCAUGUAGAACCCUGUUGGUUCGAGCCCUGCCCAAGGUCAUUGUGUGGUGUUCUUGGGCAAGGCACUUUACUCUCACAGUGACUCUAGAGCCUCUGAUCAUGACCAAAAACAACAUCAGAAUUGGGUUCCUAGGUUAUUGUGAAUUUGAAACCGAUUACAAGUUUAAAAAUUGUAGUGAGAUGCGGUUGUUGUUUAACGCUGGCCCUGCCGUUUAUCGAGAUGACAUUGCCACCAGGGACGUCAAAAAGCUCAAGGAGGCCAACGUCGACGUUAUAGUGGUGUACAUGCAUUGGGGUAAAGAACUUUCCUUACAACCACGGCCUUACCAGCUUCAUAUAACUAAACAUCUUGUGUCCCUUGGUGUACAAGUUAUCAUUGGAUCACAUCCCCAUGUGCUGCAGCCACAUUGUAUCCACGGAAACAAGCUUAUAGCAUACAGUUUGGGAAAUUUUUUGUUUCCUCCGAGCCGCACACCAGGUGGAAAUGAUCCGAAACUGUAUGGAGCACCUGGAGUGAAACCUGAUGAACAGCAGAUUAAAGCAUACGAGAGCUAUACCCUUGAACGCUGUGAAAAUUUCAAGUUAAGCCGGAUGCUUCAAGUUACAGUUUCAAGGAAUGGUGUCUUAACAGCUAAAUACAUUCCUAUGCGAAUAGCAUUUGAUCAUAAAACCAAACGACAUCACCCUGAGCUUACAGAAAAUGCCAAAUGGAUAGAUGUUUGUGGAACUGGAGACAAACAUUGUCAGAAAUGUUACAAGGAUUAAAAACUAAAACAGAAAUUAAGACGUUAAAUGAAUUAUCGACAUUUUUUUAUAAUCCAUGGCACGAGCAGUCACUUCAGACGUACUCCAGAAAAUGUCGUAGAUGUUAUCUAGCUUACAAGUCGCAUGCCUCGAUCUUGUGUAUGCGUUUUUGAGGUAUUGGCAUUUCCACGACAUAUUGUCUUCACAAGCAUUGCUUAACUAUAACAUUAAAAGAAUCAUUGUCAACGGGUUAACGUUCGUGAAAGAAAGGUGAAGGAUACAAAAUCCUAAUGCUCAGCCUAAAUUUUGCCAAAAUCCCAUUUCCGAACCUAUUUUUUGCCCAAUCCUGUUCCCAUUGGUGACAUUUUGCAGAAAUACCAGUGCAUAUUCAUGGACUAACAUGAUGAACAACAGCUGGUGAAUGCAAAGAUGUAUCAAUUUGUUUAAACAGUGACUAAUGACCAGAAAAUUCAAGCUUAGACCAGAAUUACUAGAAUGGCGAUUUAUAUUUCUUGACAUUCUGUUAAAAAAAUCUUUGGAGGAGGGGAUUUGUACAUCCAUGGAAAAUAAUGUUUCUCUCUCUUUUCGGAGGUAUCCUCUAUAUAUUUGGCACUUAACAUUAAAAAAAGGACGUGGGAACUGAAAGCUCUCUUGAAUUUUCACCGCAGUGAUAUAUAACCCCGAUUUAAAUUUGGAAAAAGCAGUAAAAGUAUCCGGCAGAAACGAGUAGAACACAAAGAAAAGAAAACCAGAACGUGUUACAUCAAUGCACGGACUAAUUGUAUCCAUGACGCUAUAUGCGAAAGCCUGAAAUUGCACUCCAAACGUACGUCACCAAGAGAUUACUAUGAUCAUAUUCUCUUGACGUCACCAAAUCUGUA